UCUUUUAUCUAGUCUGCAGAUAUGACCAUUUGGUAAACUGAGUACUGAAGGCGUUCCUGAUGUUUCAGGGGGAGGAGCUGUGAGGAUAUAAGGCCUCAUCAGAAGUCUGGAACCCACACCAGUCAACAAGACUUCAAGAUUUCUUGGGUGACCAAUUAACCUUCACCAGGCUGAAGACAUGUCCUCACAUCAGAUGCAGGUGCCUGCCUUGGGUCGGCCUUUCUCUUUAGGCAUGCUGUAUGAUGCUCGCAAAGACCAGCUGGUGACAGGUUUCCCUCUGUGGGACAGAGAAACUAUCAACAAGCACAACACCAGACAGACUCAGAGAAGCAGUUCCUAUCAAAUUAGUGUCUCUGACUCCUUUGAAUCCAAGUCUUCUCUGCUGGAUCUGAAUGUAUCUGUCAAAGCCAGUUUUUUGGGUGGUCUGGUUGAGGUUGGAGGAUCUGCAGCUUAUCUCAAUGACAAGAAGAAGUUCAAGAACCAGAGCAGAAUCACCUUUCAAUACAAAGCCACAACUGAAUACAAAGAGCUGUCUCUGUCUUCUCUCAAAGUUGAAGGCUCUCAGGUUAGGGAUUGUUCUGAGGAAUCCUGUGCAACACAUGUAGUCACAGGCAUCCUUUAUGGGGCAAAUGCUUUCUUUGUGUUUGACAGUGAGAAGUUAGAAUCAAACAGUGUUCAGAACAUUGAGGGCACCAUGCAAGCUGCGAUCAAGAAAUUUCCAAAGUUCAGUGUUGAGGGCAAAGUAGGAAUAAAGAUGAGUGAAGAAGAAAAAGCUGCAUCCAGUAAAUUCACCUGUAAAUUUUAUGGUGAUUUUAUUCUUGACAAGAACCCUGUGACAUUUGAAGAUGCAGUGAUGACCUACGCCAAACUUCCAGGCCUCCUUGGAGAAAAUGGAGAAAAUGCAGUUCCUCUUAAAGUCUGGCUGACUCCUCUGAAGGACCUGGAGCCAUCAGCAGCUGAGCUGAAGGGACAGAUUUCCUUUGGUUUACUCAGAAAGGCUCAAAUUUAUUUGGAAAGUAUCAGAAAAAUAGAAAUGAGAUGCAGUGAGGCUCAGCAAGAGAAAGAAGUCAUGAGUUUUCCACAGAUUCAUAAAAAGUUGAUUCUUUUUGAAGAUCUUUGUAAAGACAACAUAGCAAUGCUCAGACAGACAAUGCAGGAGAAGAUUCCUCUCAUUCGUGAAGGUAAAGAAGAUGAAACAUUUUUGGAAAGUCUCCUUGAUCAGCAGGAGAAUUCUUUGUUUAGUCCCAAAAGUUUAGAUAGUUGGUUAGACAAUGCAGAGAGAGAAAUAAACGUCAUUAGGUCUUGUGUGGAGAUUAUGGAGGGAAUCCAGAUUGUUCCAGAUGAGAACCACCUGGAAAGAGAGGCUCUAGCUGCAGGCGUAGAUGAAGCCUUCUGCUUUGUUUUUACCUCUGUGAAAACUGAUGACCCCUACCUGGACCAGAUGAUCAACUAUCUGAGUAAAGAUAAGACAGAACCUAAACCCUGCGUGACUCCAUCCACUAAAGACCAGUGGUUCUUCUCAGAUGAAGUUCUAACCAACAUGAGAAAAAAGGCCACUGAGUUCAUUUCAGCUUCCAAACGACUGAAGGGCAGCAGCAGAUUUCGUUUCCUUGUAGCAGCUCUUCCGAAUGCAAAAUUCACAGGAGCCACCAUCUACCAGUAUAGAGACGGCCUUCUGAAAACUGAAGACUUCUCACAGCCUAAGUUUCAUGAUUUGACAGCUCAGCUGGACCGAAGAGAUCUUCUAUGGUACUACUACAAUCUGACCUUGGAUCCCAAAACAUGCGGCAACUGGCUUCUACUAACUGAUGAAAACACGAAGGCAACUGAUGGAGCCGUAUGGCAGCGGUAUGACGAACACCCCUGGAGAUUUAAAGACCAGAAUCAGGUUCUGUGCCAGCAGGGGCUGACAGGAUGCUGUUACUUUGAGGUUGAGUUGGGCAUUAGACAUCCUAAUGCGGUUGGGCUAGCUCUUGCAUACAAAAGCAUACCAAGGAGUGGAAAGAAUACACAGGAUGCCUUUGGACAGAACAAAGUAUCCUGGUCUUUUGGUGUUAAGGAUGAUACCGUUGAGUCACGCCAUCAUAAUAAUCACUGGAAACAACAUCUUCCUGCUGAAGGAUGCAACAGAGUUGGUGUGUAUCUGGAUUGGGCCGGUGGCUCUCUGUCAUUUUACAAUGUCGUCUCUAACAAACUGAUUCACAUGUACACCUUCAAGGCCAAAUUCACUGAGCCACUUUACCCAGGUCUAUAUGUCUGGAGUUCACCCAACUUUGCUUCCUUUAGACAUAUUUAGAGAUAAACAACAGGGUCAAUAAUAUAGGAUUCAGGCAGAUGUGGUGUACAAGCAGUUAGCGACUGAUUUAGAUGGUUUCUGUGCCUUACAGCAGAAGCAAACUCUCAGAAUUCUAGUGGGUCAACUUUGUUAAAGUCGGAAGAAACUGAUAGAACACUUUAACCAUGUUCAGGACAUCAAAUAUGUACCACAGCAUCAAUUACUAAUACUAAUCACUGCUCCAGGUAAACAAUGAUCAGGUAUAAUGUUGUAAAGUCCUAUUGAAGCUCAAUAUGUGUCUCCUAGGUAAGAGUAAGAGUGAGGAGUGCUUUGCCUCACUAGUGUGUUCAGGACAAGAUUUUUUUUUCUUGAUUUUGUUUACCUAGUGUUUUCUGUUAUAUGGUACAGGGAUAUUUUUUACUUUUGAAGGCUUUUAUUAACCACAAAAUGGGGUCAUGGUUAUAGCAUUUACAGGGUGUUCCACCAUUCCUU